AGUUUUAAGUUUUUGCUAAACAUUCGGCAGUUCUACAAACUCAUUGGGAGAAGCAAGUCCGCGCUCGGAUCGUAAGGCUCCGCAAAAAGACAACCAUGGAGUCCUCAAGACAUAUUGUAGAUUUACCAUUGGAACUUUUACAUAAAAUAUUCGACAAUCUUCACGUACACGAUCAGUGCUCACUAGCCUUGACUCAUCCAUAUCUCAGGCAGGCAUUUAUUUACCAAGCCGGAAAUCGAUACAACAAGAUUUUUCCCACACUUCAUUUUAAGCCUUGGUCGAAUAUUUUGGCGCUCUGUGGCUCAACUGUUUCCCAUAUUUCGGAAGAGUUCUUCAUUUUGGAUGAAAAUAUGAGGACAAUAAUUCAGCAGAAUUGUACAAAUUUGCAGAGCAUCAGUAUCGGUAUAAACGAGAGCAACUGCUACAAGGCCAGAGCCUUCUUGAGCAACCUUAAAUCACUGCGGUCAGUAAAUUUGUGGAUAGAGUGUGUAGCGACCCCCAGAAUUUUCAGGGUGCUGAGAAAAAUAACAUAUUUGAAAGGUUUGGAAUUCCAUCGUUACUCCGGACCAGAGGAGUACGAAAUGUCUAACUUCCUUGAGUUGGAAUCCCUAUCCAUUUGCAUUAAUUCAAAGAAAACACACAUUGAUGUUUUGGUGUGGUGCCUUUCCCUGACAAAUCUACGCUGUUUGAAACUGACUGGUUUUGAAGAAUGGCGAUCGAUCUAUGGUCCUAAUACAAAUAUCGCCUUGGAUGAGCUUGUGUUACAUGAUUGUGUACCUACUUCAGAAUGGCCAGUUUUUAAUCAGCUAAAAACCUUAAGGGAUUGUUACUCAAAUUGGGUACGUUCACAUCACCAAUUUGCUUUAAAGCAUGCGAAGACCCUGGAAAAACUAGCGAUAAGCUGUGUAUUAUCCGAAAAUGAGUUCUUUGAAAUAUUACUCAGCUGCAAGAAUUUACGUUACCUUGAGAUAAAAAAACUAAACAUGCAAAUUGGUAAAGAGAACUUGGUCCUAAUGCUAAACAUUUUAAAAGAAAAUGCCGUCACCCCCCAAGCACCUUUUGAAAUUAGACUUGAUCAAAUGAGUUACGUUCAAAAUCUGCUGGAGAACGUUUCCGGUUCAGAAAUAAUUCGUUUUCUUGGGUAUAAUUCACAAGGAAAUUAAGCAUUUUAUUAAUUUAUAUAUAUAAGCAAUUCACAAUACUUUUAAGCUUUAAUAGCCAUUAAAUUUAAGAAAUUAAAGAGUAACUCGACUAUCAGAUACCCGUUACUCAGCUUGAGGGAGCAAACUAAAAGUCGAGAUAUAUAAGCAGCAAGGAAAUAUUGUAAAGCGGCAGCUACCGGCUAUUUCUUUAUAUGUUUUGUGGGGAGCAGACAGUUUUAAGCGUUUCAGCCGUUUGGGGGCGUAAGAGUGGGCGUGGAAAACAUUUUUUUAGGUCAAUCAAAAGGUUUUAAGGAGACAAAUACAUUUUGGCAAAAAAAAAACAAAUUCUAGCAUGACAAUUGGAACCACCACAGUUUUGUGCGGCUUGUGGGCGUCAGUCGAUAGGUAUUGAUGAGACGAAUACAUUUCAGUUAAAAUUUUGCGUCUAUCAUAAAACUUUAGGCGCUAAAGAUUUUUGCGGACUGAUGGCAUAAAAGUGGGCGUGGCUCCCCGCUGAAACAAACUCGCACUGCGAAGGAAGCCCAGGAAUCUGGAUGUCAAGUUUGACUGUUUUAGCUCUCAUAGUAUCCUAGAUCUUAGCGUUCAUACGGAGUGACGGACCGACGGAGAGGCGGACAUGGCUGAUCGACUCGGCUAGUCCUGAUCAAGAAUAUAUAUACUUUAUGGGGUCGGAAACGCUUCCUUCUGCCUGAUACAUACAUACUUUUACUCUACAAGUAACGGGUAUAACAACAUUGUGUUAACAAAUAUUUGUUCUCAACAAUGGUUAUUAAGGUGAACUAAAUUACAUUUAUUUUGUAACGCAUUAAUACUACUUUUAUUUUCAAUAUUAUCAAUGUAUAAUUUA